AUGGGAGGAAGUCAGUCGACAAAUCGCGCGGCCAAGUUCAGCGGCACCAGCAACACACGAAGAAGUGUGCGAGCUGUCAAAAAGCGGUGUGAAAUUACUUUUUAUUUCCUAUUUCUGGGAAAAAUUUAUAUAUCCCUUUUAAUUUUUUUUAUUAUUCCACAAUGACCUUCAUUAUACAAGAAAAAAAUAGAAAAACCAGAAGGCAUCACUAAAUUUCAAAAUAAGCCUUGGACUCGGGAUACUUGACAAAAGUCUUCCUUUUCCUGUAAUAUAAAUUCUUCAGCUCCGCCGACGUCGACCACCGCCAGAAGAACACCUUCGGUGCGAAAUACAAAUCGAAGCGUCAAAGAUUUCUCCAAGUAUUGGUCCGACGGUGAGCUCUUCUCUUCUGAAGCCGAGGAACCUCAAACUUUUUCCAGCCGGCUGUAUGAGGUCCAAGUCGCCGCGAGGCUCAGUCAAACGAAGUUCCAGUGCUCGUCGUAGCAGGGCUCAGUGUGAGUUUCGAGCGAACAAGUCUCAGCGGGUCUUAGAAAUAUAAUAUUUGAUCAGUCUAGAAAAUUGCUAUAAUUGAAAAGUCAACAGGAAAUUAUUUUCUAAGCUCAGCAAGUGAUGCUUGCAGAAAAUAAUUUAAAUACCGUGUGAACGAAACAAAACAGCUUUGGCUAAAGCCUCGGGUGAUUUUUGGAUUUCUCUAGCAACGGAACGGGACCGACUAGGUCCUUCUUCCUCCUCCUCCACGAACACGCCGUUCACAAGCCCCCGAUCGCCUCGGGAGAAACUCAGCGUCCGGGAUGUGAGUCUGGACGUCUUCUCAAUCAUAUUUGUCCGUUCUUCAGAGCAAUACUCGUUCGAGUCUUCGUGCCGGCAGCGGAAGCAGUUCUCCUUAUCUGGCAAGCGUUCCAGAGCAGUUUCCGUCUGAAAAGUGAAACUCGUUCAGGAAGUGAGGGGCCGUCGCAGUCGACAGAGCAGCGGCAGCAUUGGAGCCCCGUCGACUGCGUCCAGCAAAACCGACGUCUACUCAGAUGAGGUCGAGUUGAAGAUAGGACUAUAGUUUGUCCCUUGUUUAUUCAAAACAAUUCUCUUCGCGCGUCUGAUUCGAAUCAAUAAUCGUUUGAAUGUAGUUCCUGGCUCAAAUUUCUGAAAAACUCAUUCAUAUUCACAUUUUUUGUAAAAACCACCAGAAAUGUGUUCGAAUUUAAUAGAUAAUCGACCGUAAAGACAAACAUCCCGACGCUCAAAUUUUUUUUUCAUUUUUUUCUUUCAAAAUAGCAAAAUACUCAGAAUUGAAUAAGAAAUAGAAGGUUAGAACUCGAGCUUAACUUCUUGAAAGUAUUUUUUAAACUUGACUAAUAACAGGAAAUUGUCAGCAAAUCCAUGAAAUUCCAUUCUUGAUAGUUUCUUGGAAACAUAACGAAAACAUAACUAUUUUAAAAUGGAACUUUCAGUUCACACACGCGGCGAUGGCGGCGGCGCGUCUGAAGCGAAUGUCGCUGAGAACCAGCGAAUUCCAGCCAACUCAUCAUUCGCAGGAAACGCCAAUCUACUAG